CUCCCAACCAACUGAUUCAAAUCACCCCCGAUGCUAUGCGUAUAGUGUGUGUCGGUGUGAGAGCGGAGCGAGAGAACCAGAGAUUUGAUAGUGCUCAGUCGUGUGGAAGGAUUCAAGCCGAGAGACAGGUACCCAGGCCGGGCAAAAGCAGCGGGGGACGCCACGAGGAUCGAGGCUACCUUAGAUCAACGGACGAAGUGUAAAGAUUGAAGUCUGGUCACGCACAUCACGUCCCAUCUUCUCCUCUCCUCCUUUUCCCAAGUCCGUUCCUUCAAACAAUCACCAUCAUGGCUUCCAAACUAAACCCGAAUGUCUUGUACGUCCAAGAACCGCGGGAGUCGACGUCUUCACAGGAAUCUGACCGCCUAGCGCAGCCCGAACCCGGGGAAGAGAGCUCGGAUAGCGACGGAGAGACGGACGAGACGGAGCAGAAGCUGAUCCGGAAAGUGUCCACGUCAGGACAGUUACGUGCCAAGAAAAGUGUAAAGGAAGGGAUCCUAUUGAAACAGACCAGUUCUUUCCAGAGAUGGAAAAGGAGGUACUUCAAACUGAGAGGCCGGACACUUUACUAUGCCAAAGACUCCAAGUCUCUGAUAUUUGACGAGGUGGACCUAUCAGACGCCAGCGUGGCCGAGACCAGUACCAAGAACAUCAACAACAGCUUUACGGUGAUCACUCCAUUCAGGAAGUUGAUGCUGUGUGCUGAGAGCAGGAAGGAGAUGGAGGAUUGGAUCGGUGCUCUGAAGUCUGUACAGAAAUGGGAAACGUAUGAGGCCAGUCUAUUCAAUAUGGAACAUUUUUCUGGGAUGCAUAACUGGUACGCCUGCUCCCACGCCAGACCCACCUUCUGUAAUGUGUGUAGAGAGGCCCUCUCCGGAGUCACCUCCCAUGGACUGUCCUGCGAAGUGUGUAAAUUCAAAGCCCAUAAGCGCUGUGCGGUGCGCUCCACCAACACCUGUAAAUGGACCACGCUGGCCUCCAUAGGAAAUGACAUCAUGGAGGACGAGGAUGGGGUCUCCAUGCCUCAUCAGUGGUUAGAGGGGAACCUACCGGUCAGUGCAAAGUGUGUGGUGUGUGACAGGAACUGUGGCAGUGUCAGGAGACUGCAGGACUGGAGAUGUCUAUGGUGCAAGGCUAUUGUGCACAGCAGCUGUAAGGAGCAGAUGGGAAAGGCGUGUCCUCUGGGUCAAUGUCGGGUGUCAAUCAUCCCUCCCACAACCCUCAAUAGUAUCGACUCUGACGGCUUUUGGAAGGCCACCUCUCCCUCCUGCACCUCCCCUCUCCUGGUUCUGUGUAACUCUAAGAGCGGAGACAACCAAGGGGUUAAGUUUCUAAGGAAAUUCAAACAGCUGCUCAACCCUGCACAGGUAUUUGACUUGAUGAACGGAGGACCACAGCUGGGUCUGCGUGUGUUCCAGAAGUUCGCCACGUUUCGUAUCUUGGUGUGUGGCGGGGACGGCAGUGUUGGCUGGGUCCUGUCUGAACUGGAUAAACUCAACCUGCACAAACAAUGUCAGCUAGGGGUCCUCCCUCUGGGUACAGGUAAUGACCUAGCCAGGGUGCUGGGAUGGGGAGGACUAUGUGAUGAUGAUGCUCAACUGCUACAGAUCCUGGAGAAGCUGGAGAGAGCCACCACCAAGAUGCUUGACAGGUGGAGUGUGAUGACAUACGAGCUGCCUACCAAACACUAUCCCAUGGUGAAGGAAGACGAUUUUAGUCCCGACUCCCCCUUGCAGGUUCACAUCACUCAGUAUGCAGACUCUGUGGCCUCCCACCUCACCAAGAUCCUGGACUCUGACAAACAUACGGAUGUCAUAUCCUCUGCCAAGUUUUUGUGUGGAACGGUAAAUGAUUUUGUAGCGGAGGUGGGGAGAGCAUACGAGAGAGCUACAGAGAACAAGGAGGAGGCAGACGCAAUGGCCAAGAAGUGUGCCCUGUUGAAUGAGAAACUGGACAGUCUGGUGAAGGCUCUGAGUGAGGAGGCUGAUGCCCAGGUGGUCCCAGCCGGCAGUGUGCCACCCCAGGAUGGGGACCAGGAGAGGGGGACAGACACUACCGGAGAGGAACCCCGGCCCCCAUACAGGUCCAGAGAACAGCUGAUGAUGAGAGCUAACAGUCUGAAGAAAGCACUGAGCCAGAUCAUAGAGCAGGCUGGGAAAGUGGUGGAUGAACAGAAUAAACACACUCUUCUCCAGCGCAUGUCUUCCUCCUCCUCCAUCAAGAGAGAGAACAGUGAGGAACUGAAAGAGGCAGAGCCACGUCACGUCAGUUUAAGCCCCUCCUCCUCCACCAUCGUCCUGGAGAAACCAGAGAGUCUCAGCCCUCCGUCUUUCAACGAAGAUCAGUGCUCAGAGAAGUGUGUCAUGAACAACUACUUUGGGAUCGGUCUGGAUGCUAAGAUCUCCCUGGAGUUCAACAACAAGAGAGAUGAACAUCCCAAGAAAUGCAGUAGUCGUACUAAGAACAAGUUGUGGUAUGGAGUGAUGGGCACCAAGGAACUGGUACAUAAGACAUACAAGAAUCUGGAACAACGAGUACUGUUGGAAUGUGAUGGUGUACCUAUGUGUCUGCCUAGUCUUCAGGGCCUAGCUGUUCUCAACAUCCCAAGCUAUGCAGGGGGAAUCAACUUCUGGGGGGGAACCAAAGAGGACAACAAUUUUGGCGCUCCGUCGUUUGAUGAUAAGAAGUUAGAGGUGGUGGCUGUGUUUGGCAGUAUGCAGAUGGCGGUAUCCAGAGUCAUCAACAUCCAACACCACCGCAUAGCACAGUGUCGUCAGGUGAAGAUAACUAUCCUAGGGGAGGAGGGUGUACCAGUACAGGUGGAUGGAGAAGCAUGGAUCCAACCUCCAGGGAUAGUCAAGAUCACACACAAAAACAGAGCUCAGAUGCUCACCAGAGACAGAAACUUUGAGAGGACUCUAACAUCAUGGGAGGAUAAGAGGAAGAUUGACACCUACCGUUCCUCCAGGCCCCGCCUCAACUCUCAGCAGUCUAUGGAAUACCUCACAGAGGAGGAAUGUGCUCAAGUACAGCAGCUAGGGAUGGUGGCAGACACACUCAUCACUAGGAUAAGAGAGGCAGCUAAGACCCAUAAACUGGUAGAACAGGAGUUAGCCCAUGCUGUCAAUGCUAGUGCCAUGGUCCUCACUGAAGCGUUCCCCUCCAAACCAUCCAGCCCUGAGUGUCUGAGUCGCAGUACAGCAGUGGAGAUUGUGAACAGCAGUAAAGUCCUUCAGCUGGAGACCAGGAUGCUGCUGGAGGGAAAACUACUGCUGGACUCUCCCCAGGAAGAGGACCUUCUCUCUACUCUCAACUCUCUGAGUGCUGAGCUCCACAAGCUAGAUGACAUACACUGGAUCUGCCCUGCCAUGCACUGCUCAGAGGAAGUGGAUGACUCUGUGAGAGUGAGUGGUAAGAGUAGUAUGAAGCUAAAGAUGAUGCCCAAGGUGAGGAAGGAGAGAGAGAAGCUCCACAAGCAGAUGUCCAACAGCUCUCUGUCGGGAUCUUGGGAUAUUAAAGGUGGGGCAUGUGAGACGGAUCCUUCAGGCAAUUGAGGAACUUAACGAGGAGGCUUAACAAGACACCUGUCACUAUGGCAACCGGAGGGGGGAUAAAUUAUUCAAAAAUUCAAUGACCCUCUUCCCAUUCAGCUAUCACCUCCCCCUUGAUUCAAUGUUCUCCAUUUUGUAAUCAGGGAGGAGUUGUUUUUAAUGAGGGGGCGUGGCUUUGCAUUGCAUCACCGUUUGGUGUGCUUCUUGAUAGUCAAAGUGGCCAAUCAGAGAAGAGGAAAGAGUUUCUAAGCAUAUUUUGUUUCCUUGAUGACGCAAUGUGUUUACGUAGGCGGUGCUGUCCUUUGCAUGACGGGAGUGGACAUUUUGUUUUUAUUCUUAGAUAUAUCCUCUUUUUGGGGUUUAGGCUACCCUUCCUCUUUUCUCUCUUGACUUUCGGGACUUUUUAGUUUCCUCGAGAAAUCUGAAGUUUGAGGACAUCUUUGUUGGAGGACAUCAACAAUAACGAAAAACAAAAAACUAUGUAAACAACAUCUCAACUUAUUCUCAUCUGAUGAACUGGAGACUUAAAAAUGUGAAAAGGUUUUUAUUGAAGGGUCAUAUUGAGGAAUGUAAUACAUGUGGACUGAAUAUGGUACUAAUAUAUUGACCUUGCUAAAGUACUUACCAUAAUAUCUGUAAUAUAUGUACAGUAGCAUCUUAUGUCCAGCUACUACAGUACUCACUGUAAUAUCUACGGCUAGCUACUACAGUACUUACUGUAACAUCUAAGCCACGAUGACCUCAAUGUGUCCCUGCAUGCCUUCCAAGUUGGAUGAAGUAGCCCAUUGACACUGAUCUAAGAUCCGUCUAAGGUUUGCAUUAUCCCUCCUUGUGGUUAUGCUUAGGUUUUGAGGAGGGAAAGUUGAUCCUACAUCUGUGGUUAGGGAUAAUUUAUACCAUCCCUUACCCCUACGCUGGAAUAUAAAUGCAGUGAGAUUUUUAAAGUUUUCUGUUGUAGAAAUUGAGUAACAUUUUAUUUUGAAGGUCUGGUUAUAAACAGCGUAUAAACUUGUUAAUAGAUAGUUCAUGUAUAGUUUUUUAACUGUUAACCGCUAUAUCGUUCUAUAUAAUUUAUUCAUGUAUUUAUGAAUAAUAGUUUUGGAUGAAAAGAAUAUAUAUUACAAAGACCAGUAUGCCGAAUCAUAUAUAGUUAAACCAUGAACAAGAUAUAAGUUAAGUUGUAUCAUUGAGUUAAAAUAACAUGUAUUUAAUUAAUUCAAUGUAGAACAAGCUAUGUAUUAGUCAUUUAAUAGUUAAGUAAUGGUGUUUAUUAUCAGCCUUCCAGAUAAAGUGUUAGCUAUGAUUGUCCUACUGUACCAAUAGCGUGCUUGUCCUGCUGUUAUUGCUAGAGGCUUUAGUGAUGUACCUGUACAUGUGUGCCAAGUUUUAAACGACAUAUGAUGAUUGUGUGUGUGUGUGUGUGUGUGUGUGUGUGUGUGUGUGUGUGUGUGUGUGUGUGUGUGUGUGUGUGUGUGUGUGUGUGUGUGUGUGUGUGUGUGUGUGUGUGUGUGCAAACGACACUGUGUGUCAUUCAUUUCAAAGUUUACUGUAUCUUGCCUUGCACUUUACAAAGAGAAACUAAAAGAAAAAAAUGUGUGUGUGCGAGCGAGCGACGUGUGCGUGUAUGUUGUAAAGUGAUCGUUCACUUGUGUUUUUAUUGCUAUGGAAACGGUCGCUCUCCCUUGUAUUUAUGACACAUCUAUACAGAGAUCAAUGUGUGUUAAUAAUAUGUAACAUAUAAAUAUAACCAAACGAAUGUUAAAGUAUAUUAUAUAUACAUAAUAGAUAUUAAAUGUUUAUUCACUUGUCAGGGGUUGUUCUACUGUACAUGCUCUCAGGGUGGCAAAAUUCCAGUAAUUUCUUCUAAAUUACCAGGUUUCAAGAAAUCCCGUUGGAACAUUUCCGGAUUUUCAGAAGUGAAUACGCAGAAAACCCCCAAAUUCUGGGGAUUUUUGGAAACCCAGGAAUUUGGGGAAAGUUUACAGAAAUUUUCAACCCUAAUGUUCUCACUUUACACAUCCUAAUCUCAUGGAAGACUGGAUUCUGAAAAAUGUUGCUACACCGUUACUCCAACGCUAUGCCAACGAUUCCUUAGCUGCUGUUGUUGCGUCUAUGGCACGACGCUAGGAUAUCAGUAUUGAAAUCUUGUGUGACAUAACAUAUGUAGUGGUCAAUCGCCAAGGUACUGAGAGGUAUGGAGAACAAUGCAACAACGACUUAACGAUCAAGUCAAGAGGAAACGUUUUGGAAACGUUUUGUUGGACAACAUGUAACAUGCCACGGUUAUGUAACAGUAUUUGACGGCAAGUUUUUGUGAACGCACGCCGCAAUGCGCAAAGCUGGACUCGAUGUUGCACGUUGUUUGUUCAAAGAUGUUUAAUAAUAAUAAUCUUGUGCUGUUAAUUCGUUGUACUGGUUGAUCUCUGUAACCAGGCUGGAAGGUCAGCCUUUGGGCCUAAAAUUUUUUCCUUGAAGUCCUAAGUGUCAAGAUGUUGUAUAUUAUACUAUUUAAUGGUAUCAAUUGAUAAGGAGGAUGUUAUUGUGAUUCAAAUCUUGAAUGUAAUCUUGAAUUGUGAUCAAAUCUUGAAUUGUGAAUCUUUGAACUCAUCAUGUAUUGAACUUGAUUGAGUGUUCCCAAAUAGAUAUACAUUAUGCUCCAUCUCAGAGCCAAACUGUUAUUUUGACAGUUUACUCGACAUAAAUGUUUGUUGCCAAUAAGACAGGAAUCAUGCAGGCUAUGAUUUUACUGUUUUACUGCAUAUGAUUGAUUAUCAUCAGUGAAUUUAGGCCGGAUUACAAUCAAAGGCGCGUUGUCGAAAAGCGCACUGGACUUGACUUUUAAAGGUAAUUUACGCUUGAGCCAAUAUCAAGCGUGCAGCGCCCUUCGCGACAGCAGGCCUUCGAUUGAAUUCCGGCCCUAGCCUAUUUAUUUGUGCUAUCCAAUUGCCAAUCAUCCAUGUCCCAGAACCCAGAGAGAGACAGCAUUCACUGGCUGCUAGCAGGAGGCUAAAAUAAAGUGUAUCCAUCGCU